ACAAAGUUCAGAGCAGUGAAAGAACCAAUACUAUACUUCAAAAUUUUCAACUCACGAAGAAAGGGUUUUGAAGAAGAAGAAGAAGAAGAAUGGCGCAAGAACUCGAAAACAAAGCCAAAGAAGCUUUUUUCGACGACGAUUUUACACUCGCCGUUGAUUUCUAUUCUCAAGCCAUCGAAAUCGAUCCCACCAACGCUAAUCUCUUUGCCGAUCGAGCACAAUCGCAUAUCAAACUCAACGCUUUCACUGAAGCUGUUUCUGAUGCUAAUAAGGCUAUUCAAUUGAACCCUAAUUUGUCUAAAGCUUAUCUUCGCAAAGGGACUGCUUGUAUUAAUCUUGAAGAAUAUCAUACUGCUAAGGUUGCACUUGAAAAGGGGGCUUCUUUUGCACCUGAUGAUUCCAGAUUCACUAAUUUGAUUCAACAAUGUCAACGCUUCAUUGCUGCUGAGGAAUCUGAAAGUCUUACGAGCACCCUACCACCAAAUGGACCCAAAUCAUCUGUUGCGUCUGUUGAUGAUACCCAUAUGUGUGAUAAGAGUGAUGAAACAUCCAAAGAACCUCAAAGAGACAGUCCUGCAUCCCAAACAAAUGCAGUUGCACCAGUCAGACCAAAAUACAGGCAUGAAUAUUACCAGAAGCCAGAAGAAGUGGUUGUGACAAUAUUUGCAAAAGGGAUACCAGCAGAAAAUGUUGUUGUGGACUUCGGCGAACAGAUUCUGAGUGUUACCAUUGAUGUUCCUGGCCAAGAUGCCUACCAUUACCAACCUAGAUUGUUUGGAAAGAUAAUACCUGAUAAGUGCAAAGUUGUGGUUUUGUCAACCAAAAUUGAGAUUCGUCUGGCAAAAGCUGAAGCAGUUAAUUGGACAUCUCUGGAAUAUAGCAAGGAUGUGCUUCCCCAAAAGAUAAUCGUGCCCUCAGUUCAAUCUGAAAGGCCUGCAUAUCCGUCAUCAAAGUCAAGGACUAAGGAUUGGGAUAAGUUGGAAGCUGAAGUGAAAAAAGAGGAGAAAGAAGAAAAGCUUGAUGGUGAUGCUGCUUUGAAUAAAUUGUUCCGUGAUAUUUACCAAAAUGCAGACGAGGACAUGAGGAGAGCGAUGAGCAAGUCUUUUCUGGAGUCAAAUGGAACAGUGCUUUCAACUGAUUGGAAAGAAGUGGGAUCAAAGAAGGUGGAAGGAAGUCCUCCGGAAGGCAUGGAGGUGAAGAAAUGGGAGUAUUGAUUCACCACUCAAUUACUGCUUAUGCUUUUGAGAGUUGAGAUUCAUUUUGCUUUUGUUUUUUGCAUAGCCAUCUGACUCUUGUUAUUAGGUUCUAUUUGUUUUUUUGUAUACUGGGGAAGUGGAUUUUAUUUUCUUGGUGUAUGUUGAUAUUAGUCAUCAGUUAACUUCUGAUGAUACCCAGAAUUUUAGUUUUUAUUUUUUGGAGUGUUAUUUGUGAAACACUUUGGAAAUAUCAAGUAUGGUGAUCAAUUGUAUGAUAUGUUACUUUUCUGGGAGAAUUGACUAAUUUGCAUUUGCUGAGGAAGUGGAUUUUA